ACCGUGUGGCUGUGUGGCUGGCCGUUACUAGACUGCUGUAAAAGGGGAAAUGUAUUUCAUAAAAGGCCCAAUGUUCGUAGUCUCCUUGGGUUUUCUGUUGAGCUUUGGAAACCCUGAGGUGUGAUCCGCUUUCAGCCUUCAAAACUGAGAUGAACUGCCCUUGAGAGGGAGUAGUCAGGGAGGAAACAUGUUCACCCUCUCUCUGCUGAGCCGAGGACAUGGCAAGUUGGUCCAGAACAAACAGAAGUUGGAAGUCUGUUUUGAACCAGAGGACUAUUUGAACUGGAAGUCCCCGGAAGACUACGUCCUGGUCAGCAAAGCCCAGAAUGGGGACAGAGCCAGCCAGCACUCCUGGAACCUCCUUCUUCCUAAGACCUUCAGCACGAGAAAGGGGGCACUGAUCCUCUACUCAGAAGGGCUAGCUGUGUCAGCAUGGACACCCGGAAAAAGGAGAAAGGGUCCCAGAAAGAAGCCGGACCAUGAACUGCACACGCUUCAAGACCUCAAAGAAGCUAUCUUGGCAUACGGAAGGAGAAAGAGGAAGCAGGACAGCGCCUGGAGACCUUACCUGUACUUCCGAAGCAAGCCAGAGAGCCAGACCCAACGGCAGAUCCAGCCUGGGUAUUCAGCCAAGAGAUACCUCCGAGGCCUUCUGCGGACCUGGCCCCCUGACACCAUGUACAGACUCCAGUGUGCAGGACACAUCAAGGACGCUGCGCUGCUCCAGGUUAGUCAGCUUGGGAUACCCAAGAAUCUCAGGCCACAGCAGGACCUUUCAGGUGUACCCCCAAAAUACCAUCUCCUGCCUGUCAUCCCUUCAUUUUGGAUUCAGCAGCGAUCAUCUUAUGCACAAGGUCUGGAUGAAGGGGAAAUUGGUACACACAUGGACCAGGGUUCUGUUGCUCAGAACCAAAGCAAUCGGGAGACUCACCACCUGAUGUCUCUCAGGAAGCAGCCAUGGCCGGAAGAUGAAACCCGGGCCGAGGACGCGUUGAGAGAGAGCCGCCUCCGUGUCCACGCUUCAGAGGAAAGUCACAAUAGAAAGAAUCAGCAAGCCUCCCGGAAGGUCCUUGGGUGUGCCUCAUUCAGUCACCCUCAGCUUCCUAGUGACAAGUCCCUUUUCACCUUCCACUGUGGAGCCUUCCCAGACAAACAAGGAAACAUGAAACCCACCAAGGCCAGAGGUAGCUGCUUGUCACAGGAGCCUCUUGUUAAAAGAUGCCUUUUCCCUCAUAUAGCAUCUGCCAUUGGCUCAAAACAAAAUACCCUUGGGGAAACAAAGAAAAAGAAGGCACCAAGGGUUCUGCAGUUACCUCCUGUUUCAGAAGAACCACCCAGAGCCCUCAAACCCCGGAGGAGCCGAUUUAAAGGCAGUGAACUCCCAACGGAGCUCUUCGUUAUCCCGAUGGAGAUUCAUUUUCACACCCCACAACCCCCACAAGAAAAGGCCAGCAGAAGAGAUGCUCAGCACCUCAAGUCAGAACCAGAGGAAGCCACACCCUUAUGGAGGCCUCCCAAGAAGCAUCGGUACUUAGAAAGGCCAAGGGGGAUAACGGUGCAUCUCCCAGUGGACAGCAGCCAGGACACACCCUCACCUCAAGGUAGUUCCUCUCUCCCUUCAACACCUCACAAGGCGAGGCACAGAGGGGUCCUCAGCGGAGAGAAAAGAGGCCACCAGGGAGAAGAUGGUGAUGUCCUGGCCCAGAGCGUGAAUCAACCCCUGGGUCUCCUACCCCCAGUUAAAGGAAAGAAAAGUCCGGAGAGCCAGAGACACAUGGACAGAACAUCAGGCUCCAGUAGUCCCACAGGUGGCCCUAAUGAGAGGCCCCCGCCAGUAGGAGCAGAAGACUCCAGAGAGCCUACACUGAGACCCUUCUUGCUGAGUCCAGAUGGUGACAACGUCUGCCUGACCCUCCCAGGGCUCAUGGGAACAGAGGCGCUUCCACUGGGACAAGUUUCAGGUCUGCCGACCUCAUCCUCUUCAGCUAUAAAAGCAGCAUCGUGUAAACUCAUUUUCAUCUUGGCUAACAAGGACAGCUACAAUUCUCACCCCGGGUGA